GUGUUUCUUGCGGAAUAUCCAUAGCGGCUUCUUCUGGAAUUACUACGACGUUUGAUGCAAAUGAAUCCUAAGAAUCCCAACAAGCCUGCUCCUAUAAUCACUCCAAACGCAAUGCCUGCCUUUUGUCCGCCACUCAGUCCUUUUGAAUCUGCACCACCCUUUUCAUUCAAUGCUUUGUUCGUGCCCGGCGCCGGCGGCGGAGAUGAGCUUACGUCAGGCGAAGGUGCGGGUGGUGAGAUGUUGGUGUCGGGUGGCGGUGGUGGACUCUCAGUGGUAUUUGAUGGUGGCGGAGGCGGACUGCCAGUUGUGUUGGAUGGCGGCGGCGGAGGUGGACUGCCAGUUGUGUUGGAUGGCGCUGGCGGAGGUGGACUGCCAGUUGUGUUGGAUGGCGCUGGCGGAGGUGGACUGCCAGUUGUGUUGGAUGGCGGCGGCGGCGGCGGCGGCGGUGCACCAUCGGUUGUAUUCAACGGCGGCGGUGGAGGAGGAGGAGAUGCAUCUUGA